CGUGAAAAGGGAAACAGGAACUUCUGGAGUCUCGGUGCUUUGUAUUCUGAUUAUAAAUACAGCAGUGAAAUACAAGAAUACUUAAGCUCCAAGGUGGCAGCACCCAGUAUGAAAGUUUAUCGCUUCACCAACCAGCACCUGUGAAGGGUUAAAUAAGAGAAUGUCUCUGAAGAGAGCCGCACAGGAAGAAAAAUAAACACAUGGGCAUUCUGCCCCUUUACACAAAUGUCACGGCCCAGGGGGGGAACAACGGUUAGUGUAUUGCAGAUUUGUCAUCUGUCAAUCACUCAUUGAAUAUGGUGGGCGGAGGAACAGCGCUUAUCCUUAUAGCAUUACAAGGACACAACUACGCAGGAAAAAAAAACUAAUCGCUAAGCCUAAAGGUUACCACUUGCCACUCCCAGACCACCUCCCUAAAGGUGGACACAGUUAACAAUUCAAAAGUACAAAUAAAGAGAGGGCGCUAAAUAGCUUGAGAUAUGCAUAGACACCUGAUGAUUCAUCCUAUGACAAUUGGUGCAAAACAUUCUGCAAACAGUGAGGGGCUGCACUAGAUGUGGGUAAUUUUAUGCGCUCAAAUUAAAAUUAUUGCCUCAGUUUUCAUGAACUAAGCAAUAUAUUAAAAUGCAGAGAAGACAGAGAGGAGUGAACACUGGGCUUCUACUACUCUUUGCACAAAUCUACCAGUUUGGCCUAAACAACAUCCCUCCAGUUACUCUGGCAACCCUUGCUGUGAACAUUUACCUUUUCCUAAACCCGCUGAAGCCACUACAUUAUGUUUGUAUUAGUGUGCAUGAGGGUUAUUACCGCAGCGACUGGCAGCGUUUACUUCUGUCUCCAUUCCACCAUGUAGAUGACUGGCAUCUUUAUUUCAACAUGGUAUCCUUGCUAUGGAAAGGCACCAAACUGGAAGGCAGUCUGGGCAGUCUGCUGUUUGCUAUGAUUAUUGCUGUAUUUUCUCAGUUGAUUGGAGUUGUCUAUGUUAUUUUAGAAUUAAUGUUGGCGGAAUUUAUGGAUGACCCUUCCUACAAGAUACAGUGUGCAGUGGGCUUCUCAGGAGUACUGUUUGCCUUAAAAGUGCUUAACAAUCAUUAUCACCCUGGAGGCUCGUCCAAUGUAUUUGGCUUCCACGUUUCUAACAGAUAUGCUUGUUGGGUAGAACUGGUGGCAAUACACAUAGCAUCCCCUGGGACUUCAUUCGUUGGCCAUCUUUCUGGUAUCUUGAUUGGGUUGUUAUACACUCAGGGACCUCUGAAGACCGUUCUGACAAGAGCAGCUGCACUUUUCACCGAAAGCUCCCCGGGAAGACAGAGAAACUUCAGAUAUUCUGGGGCUACAGGCUACCAAAAUUAUGAGCAAAACAACUCACCAGGGACCUACGAUCCGUACACUGGAGGGCUUAAUGAACAUGAACAGUUGCAACGAGCCAUCAGGGAAAGUCUUAAUGAAAGAGGAGGGCAGGGGAGAACUCAACAGAAUACACAUUGGUCACCACCAGAACAACUGUCUGCAGAAGAAAUCCGAAGACGGAGACUAAGAAGAUAUUAAGAACGAUGUGUUUUUCUGGGGAUUUUUUUUUUGUCUUACUACAAUAUUUUCAUACAUAGUAUUAUUAAAUCAAAUGGUCUAAAAUAACUAUAGUUUGUUUAAAUAUGUGUAAAUACAGUAUGCAUGUGUACCAUAUAUUGCAAAUGUGCUGUCACAGGGAGGUUUAUUCCAAUCCAUUAAUGGUUUCACACGCUAAAAAAUGUUAAUUAUAAAUUCACACAAAACCAUAUUAAAUGAUAUUGCACACUAAUUAAUAUAAUUAAUAUUCAUUAAAUUAGUUGCAAUGUAUUCACAUUGACCAUGUAUAUUUUGCUGAUGUGUAGAUGUCACAAAUAAAAAGCUGUAUAAGCACAAAUAGUCAAGAUAAAACUGCAAUGUAGUAAGAUAAUUACGUAAAUCUCUGCCAAGUCUGUAUUCAAUAAGUAUAUACGUGGAUAUUAAACAAUUGCCAAAUAGAUAGUGUUCACAGCAAUGUCCAGAUAAAUUGUAUUGACUCCCCAAAAGGUCCAUGUAGAACUAAUAAAUAAAAGGAAGUGCAA